GUAAGAUGGUGGGCUGUGCGGUGAUCCAUGUGAACGGUGAUGAUGCGGAUGAGGUGGUGCGAGCCACGAGGCUGGCGGUGGAGUACCAGAGACGCUUUAGGAAGGAUGUUAUCCUGGACCUGCUCUGCUACAGACAGUGGGGACACAACGAGCUGGACGAACCCUCCUUCACUAACCCUGCCAUGUACAAGAUCAUCCGCUCCAGGAAGAGCACCCCAGACUCUUACGCUGACCAGCUGAUCUCAGAGGGCCUGAUGACAGAGGAGGAGCGUGUUGCCAUCAGGACAGCCCACUACGGCAUGCUGAACGACAAGCUGACUAACAUGACCUUCUACAGCCCUCUACCCAUGAACCUGCAGGGGCGCUGGGGAGGUCUGGAGGAGCCCCAGGCCAGGGUCACUCACUGGGACACCGGGGUGCCUGCUCCCCUGCUGCAGUACGUAGGGGCCAAAUCUGUGGAGAUCCUCGAAGGAAUCCAGCUACACAGUCACUUGGGGAAGAUGCACGUGGCG